UAAUUUUCUGAAUUAUCAAAAUAAGAGUCCCAAUAGCAUUUCUGUGUUUGAUUUGGGUCGAAGUAACUUCAACUCUGAACACUGAGCACGGCUUGUUUGGUUGGAGCGAGUAAGAGUCAAAUCUUGAUUUCUUGAGUUGCGUUGGAAGAAAGAAAGGAGACAAAAGAUCGUGAGUUGGAGGGUUUGAGUGACUCUGUGAAAUUGAAAUGUCUCAGACUAAGAAAUUGACGCCGAAUCUGGAUCAGCAGGGCACGAAGGCGCUAAAUCUCACAGUGCUCCAGCGAGUGGAUCCAUUCAUCGACGAAAUUCUCUUCACCGCCGCGCAUGUUUCUUUCUACGACUUCAACAUCGAAACCAACCAGUGGAGUCGCAAAGAUGUUGAAGGAUCUCUCUUCGUUGUCAAGAGGAAUUCACAGCCACUGUUUCAGUUUAUCGUUAUGAAUCGACGAAGUACAGCUAACCUAGUGGAGAAUCUAUUGGAUUUUGAGUAUGAAGUUAAAAAUCCGUACUUAUUAUAUCGUAAUGCGGCCCAAGAAGUUAAUGGUAUAUGGUUUUACAGUCCAGAAGAAUGUGAAGAAGUUGCGAAUCUCUUUAACAGGAUACUGAAUACGUACACAAAGGUUCCUCCAGGUACAAUAAUGCCUUCUAACAAAAGUGAAUUUGAGGAACUUGAGCGUGUGUCAACUAUACCGGGAAACCCUUUAGAGUCAUCUUCAGCUGCUGUUUCUGCAACUGAAGCUGUUGAAGAUCCUGUACUUACUAACUUCUUCAAUACACUGAAGGUUACUGGAAAUUAUGCUUCCAAUAUAGAAAAUUUUAGACAGCAUUCUGCAACUGUCACCUGUACUGCUCCUAGUGGAUUGUUGUCUCCUGCACCUACUGUGCAAGUACCAUCUGCCUCUUGUUCAACUUCAUCUGUAUCAGGCUUACCCCAUGACAUUAAUCUUGUUAAGCCUUCAACUUUUUUGGCAUCCACAUCUACGUCUUCACUAUUGAUUCCCCCUAUUCCUUCAUCUGUGCCACCUAGUGCAGUUGUUAAUCAUUCCCUAAAUCUGCCACACCAAUAUGGGUCUCCUGUGCUUCAAUCCUUCCUACCCCCUAAUCCUCCUCUUUCUCUUACUCCUAUUCCUAGCUCCUCUCCAAACCGACCUUUUAUCAGCAGGGAUAAAGUUCGUGAUGCCCUUCUAUCACUGGUUCAGGAUGACCAAUUCAUUGACUUGAUUUUUCAAACUUUACUGAAGGUUGGAUGAAAACUGCAUAUAAAGUUAGUUCUGUAUAUAGUAGUACACACCGACACAUCUAACAGGAGGUGUAACUUGGUAUAGACAUCCGUGCGUCUUUAGCUUUAGCCACAACUGUGCAUGAUAUAUCUGUAAUGGCCAAUUCUACAAUAUUCUAAGAAAUCAUAUAGUGCAUUACACUAUAUUAUCUUCACCGUCAAAUUUAUGUGCGUAUGCGUGGACAAGUUAUAAAAGAAAACAAUGAUAAAAUUAUAAUGAUUUCCCGUCCACGUGUACACAUGAUAAAACUAAUGGUGAAAGUAUUGGGUAGAGAAGUAUUAAGAAUACACUUUUUAAUUUCACACUUUCUCAUAUACUUUCAUUUAUUGGCUGAAAUUUAUUUGAAAUUACAAACGCAUGAUUGAGAAUAAUUAUAUUAAGAAUGAGACUUUUUUUUGUAAUUUUUAAUGAAUUUUAGCCAAUAAUAAAAGCUUUAUUUGAAAGAAUGUGAUAACAUUUCUCCAAUUGUGUAUUCUGACGCUGUUACCCCUUGGUAUAUUGUAGAAUAGCCGUCUUAUCUGUUCAGUAAUAAGUGUUUCAAUGUAAGUUUAGCCUUAUUAUGCUUUGUCUCUGGCUUUUUCACACAAUCCUUUUUUUUCAUAUGCAUAAGGAGUAAGCAGUAAAGUCGAUUGUCUCUUUGUAUCAAGUCGGACAACUCUCUACUUUGAUAUUGACUAAUGAAUAUGAAUGCGAAAAUGUUAUGCUUAGCAUGCAUUUAGACAUAAAUAAAUAGAAUUUUACAUGCCAAGAGAUAUAAAUUGUGGUCAUAUGAUCGGUUCAUUUACUUCCUAAAUUUGACAAACAUCGUGAAAUUU